AUGAAAUACUCCACCCCUACUCUUUUGGCCAUCUUGGCCUCAGCUUCCUUCGCUUCUGCCGCCCCAACCUCCAUUGACAACACCGAAUUCACCCACUCUUUGGUCAAGAAGGAGGAUGUCGGUCAGGCUUUGCUGAUUUUGGAUGAAAUCGCCUCCUUGAACCACAAGCGUUCCUUGUCUGAGGACGACGGCGAGAUCCACGAGCUCUCCAAGAGAGCCGACAACUUGCUUGGCGACUUGCUUUCUGCUCUUUCCAACUCGGGCAUCAUUGGCGAUGUGUGGCAAAUUCUCACCAAGGACGAUCAGCUCAAGAGUGUCUUGGGUGACUUGAUCAAAUCCGCCGUCAGAGGCGCCAUUGCCCAUGGCCCCGCUUUGAUCAAGGCCGUGUGGCAGUCUGGUUUGCUCCAGACGAUCUUCUCGGACAUCUGGAACAGCGAGGAGUUGAGAUCUGCCUUGUUCAACGUGGCCAAGGCCGUCUUCUCUUCUGGCUUGAACCUUUUGAAAACUUUCCUUGCCAACAGAGACAACAGCAACAACGACAAGAGAGAGGCGCUCCCAGAGGUGCACAACUUCAACCCUGACGUGUACUACGACAAGCGUGACCUUGUUUCCGUUGCCCAGACCGUCGUCGACGCCAUCAGACAGACUGGCAUUGUCCAGAACUUGGUGAAGAAGGCUCUUGCCGACCCUCAGGCUUCCAUCUCCUUCUUGACGUCUGCCUUGAAGAACGGUGUCGUUGUCGCCAAAGACAUCUUCAACUGGUCCAAGGACAACGGUAUCUUGCAGGCUGGUCUUAACUUCAUUUCUGAGCACGGCCCAUCCUUUGCCAAGGACAUUGCCAACUUCUUGGGUAAGAAGAUCCAGAACGGCGAGGCCUCCGUGUCUGACAUUGACAAUGCUUCUGGCAAAUCCGGUACCGAGACGGCUUCUGCCAAUGCUAAGAGAUCUGUGCCCACCACCAUGGUGCAGAGAAGACUCUACUAG